CAUGGGAGGAGGGCCGGUAUAACAAGAGAAGGGACGGUCUAUCACUCAGUGUUCGUCUGGCAGUUCAAGGGAGAGGUGUAGCGUCUGUCUGGCUGAGCGUCCCUCCUCCGCCCCCUGGGAAUCACCCUCUUGUUUUUUUUUUGUUUUUUUUUUCUUCCGAUCUGUGGGGAAACAAGAGGGCAAAGUGGCUUGUUCUUCAUGUAAGAUCCCCGGCAGCAGCGCGCCGCCCCGCGAUGUCCGACCAAAUGGAUAACGCCCAGGACCAGGGGUCGCAGCCGAGGCCACUCGAGCUGCGUCGCGAGCGUCGCUUCCACUCCCUGGCAGACCUCAUGUACGAGUCGGUGCGGCGCCUGACCUUCACCAGCUGGACGCUGCCCUUCGUGGACCCUGACCAGCUGGCGCGGGCAGGGUUCUUCUUCUUGCGGACCCACGACCACGUGCAGUGCGCUUUCUGCCAGGGCGUGGUGGGCUACUGGGAUCCCGGCGACCAGCCCCUGGAGGAGCACCGCAGACACUUCCCCUCCUGCAGGUUCGUGAGCGGCAUGCCCACCGGCAACGUGCCCGCCUACCACUCAGCAGACGACAUGGGCCGCGUGUACCGCCUGCUGGAGGAGUACCACCAGUUCAGGGUGAGCAGCACGCGCCCCACCGGGAGUAACUACCGCGCUGACGCGAUACAGAAAGACUUCGGGCAUCUGUCCUACCCGCAGUUCAACACUGACGCCACGCGCAGCCUGACCUUCCGCAAGUGGCCCAAGAGCGUGAAUGUGCCUGUGAACUCCCUCGCCGCCGCGGGUUUCUUCUACACGGGGAUGUCAGACUUCGUGCAGUGCUUCCACUGCGGCGGCGGCCUGCUUGGCUGGCGGGAAGGAGACAAUCCCGCCGCAGACCACGCUCACUACUACCCGUGGUGCCCCUUCAUCCGCACCGUGUGGAACAGGUCUGAUGAGGCACGGCCCUGGGGGGACAACCUACCUCCAACCCCCGUCAUCAGGCCCAUCCAGCUGUCCAGCCAGGAGGAGGACCUGCUCCUCGCCCACCCCCUGGCCAAGCGGGUGGUGGAGAUGGGUUUGAUGGCCUCCUCCGUGAAGGCGGCGCUCAAGAACAAGGUUGAGCGGACAGGGAGGUUUUGCCUUGAGGUAACCGAGGCCCUCGAGGUGGUGUUCGACUAUGACGAGAACAGAAGAAGCCCCUCAACUUCUGGUCUGCAGCGGGACGGCGUGGUGCCCAUGGAAGCCGCCCCGGUGCUCGAGGCGCGGCUAGUCUCGGACACCACACAGGCCGCCGCUGGGGGCCAGGACGCGCGGGUGGAGGAGCUAAGGGCCAGAAAGCAGCGUCUGCAGAAGGAAGUGAUGGACCUGCAGCGUCGCCUGGAGGAGGAGAGGCGCCGCUUGGUGUGCCGCAUAUGCAAGAUGAACCGUGUGGAGGUGGUGCUGCAGCCCUGCUCGCACCUCCACUUCUGUGCCAGCUGCGCGAGGCCCCUGGACCGCUGCCGCACCUGUAACGCAGCGGUGAGGGGAACGCUGCGCCCCAUCAUUGGUUGACGGGCUGUGGCGGAGUGAAUGUAAUUAUAUAGGUGCUGUAUGGGGAAAGAUACGCCCCCAUCAUUGGCUGAUGAGCUGUGGUGCUGUAGUGGGGUGUGGUGUGGUGUGGCGUGGUGUUGUGGUGUGGUGUGGUGUGGUGUGGUGGUGGUGUGGUGGAAUAGAUAUGUUUAUAGAGACGCUGUAUAGCACUGUAUGUAUAUGGGAAAUCCACUUUUUCGCCUCCAUGAAGUACACUGAGAGAGAGAGAGAGAGAGAGAGAUAAUGUGGCGUAUCGCUUGAGUCCUCGAGGGUCUCUUUCCACCACUGGAGAUGAGGAGCCUUCUGAUAAGAUUACAGUACUGGCCCUCUCUGUUUCGGAAUAAGAAUUGUUUCCACACAGACGGCGGUUCUCCACGAACUUUGACAUAUUUAUUUUAUCUUUAGUGUCGAGGAGGCUGGCUGGGGACACAAAACAUUAAAAAAGGAUAAAGAAAACGAGAGGAAAAAUGCUCAACUUAACACUCUCAGAAGUUAAACAUAAGAGAUAAAAAAAAAAAAGUUUGCCAGUUUCAGUUUCUGUUGAUGGAAGGGAAAGGAAAACCAGAGCAAGGAUUGAGUUGCUAUAUUUCAUGUCAGUCUCGCAAUAACUCAGCCUUUUUCCUGGUCUUUUCCUCCCGGGCACCACCACACAGCCGCUACAGGUCACCGCGAUGGUUUGUAUAUACAGAACUUAACUGAGUUUGUACAUUAACGUGAAGUUAAUUUAUAGAACUCAGUUUAUUUUCGAAAAGAUCUUUUCUCAGACUUCCCUCAGCACAGCGGCCUUCCUCCACGCACCCCAGGGUCACCCGCACCGCUGACCGCCACACAGUUAUCCUUCAUCCUGAAAAAAAUAAAUAAAAAUCUGGCAUAUGAUCAUGAAAGUCGGAAGGAUGACCCUUCACUGCCUCGCCCCUGUGUGAAAGAGGGCGGCGGCGCGGCGGUGAGUGAAGGCUCGAGGAAUGUGCGGGGUUGUGUUGCACGGGCAGCAGUGCGAGCCGCGAGGAAAGCUGUGUAUUGUUUGCGCGGAAGUCCUAUCACAAAUAAAAGCAUAAAAGUGAGCUUGGCCUGCCUGUGUCUUCCUCCUCGACACACUGCCUCAGGCGCCGCCGGAGGCAGACGCCGAGGGAGCGCCGCCACACCGGAAACAUUCAUGUUUCCUCUUGACUGACUUUUCUUCUUUAUGGUGAGUCGUGGUGAAGGCGGCGGCUUCUCCCGCCCGCUGGACCACUAACGUGUGGCCACCGCGCGAACUGCACCGUAACGCGACACCGUCACUGCGCUGCGCGGCACGUGACAGGUUUGACCACCGGGCCGCCCCUCGCGCCUCAUGCCUCGCCUUGCCUCCACUCCAGCGCCAAUCCAGCAUGUGUUCCUGCCACCCUGCCACCUACGCUCCAGCACGCCGCCCCGCCGCGGGCUGCCAUAGCCGGCAAAUGCAAGCUUUCACUGGUGCUUUGUGGAAGUGACGACGGCGGGUCCUCGCACCACGCUGACGGCGAUCCACGCCUCUGCGUAAAAACAACCGCUCGCUCACUUGCUGUUAAUGCUUCUGUUGUGGUAAUGGAUCAGCAAGAGUGGCGGUUGCAGGUUACUUUCGGGUACAAAAUUUACUCCUCACAGUAACGUCAAGAGAGAAGAAGCGCGGAGAGAGGGAUUCCCGCGGCGGGGCAGCAAAGUAAGGCAUGGCCAGGGCAUCAGGGCGGCGGGUCUCGCGUGGCCGCUGGUCCCCCGUCCCGCACGGCCAGGUAACAGUGUUCAGCAGCCAGAGAAAGUCAGCAAGGACGCUCAUUUAGUGUCCCCAAGGAUGCCAACUCUCCACACUGUCAACAAACCAUUUUCCUGGUGAGUGACCUUCGGGCGAGGCGCUCACCACCACGCGGCGGCGUCCUGCGAGGCCCACAGCUGACGCGACGCGCGGCUCUGCUCAUCCCUGGAUGGAGAAGUAAGGCCAUGGUGAGUGCCGCGCCCUGACCGAUGAAUGGGUGAGUGCAUGAGUGCCUCACUCGUCCCCGGCGUGGUUGGCAGGUCUGGUGAGGAAUGAGGCUAGAAAUAUGGGUCACUUGUCGCUGCCUUCCUCUCGCGUUCGCUCACCGCCUGGUGUGGUGGUGAACGCUUUCUAAUUUUCCCAGAGGACUUCACUCACAAUCAGCUGAUGUAAGGAGUCACAACAUAGCCAAUAAACAACCAGACAACG